UUUUUGUUUAUCUGGCUCUGGUAUUUUUUUACUAAUAUUAGUAGAAUUAUCAUACAAACUUUUAUAGGAACAAUGAAACGGGGUGACGACUCUCAGACGCACCAGCCAUCACGGAAGUGCAUACUAGGAUCCGAAAUGACGCAGACCACACUAAAAAAAGAUGCCUUGGCUGAUCUAAUUUCUCAAUUACGCUUCGGAGUGGAUGUCCGUGAUCGUACUUACCACCUUAAAGCGUACAAGCAGGUCUUUGUUGGCAGUGAUGCCGUUGAUUUCAUCGAAGUCACUGCUGGGGUUGGUCGUGCAGAGGCCUUAAACCUUGGAAAGGAGAUGUUCAAGCAAGGUGUAUUCGAACACGCGACCGGAGAUCACGAUCUGAAAGAUGCCUACUAUUUCUAUCGAUUCAAGGAUGACGUUGCUGUGCACACACUCUUCGGAGACCACCCGUAUUUGCAAGGGGAGGAGAAUGUGGUAUCAAGUCCGUCACCCUUCACAGGCCACGAUUACAAUGAAAAGUACAGUGAUACUUUGAUGGAAACUCUUGACUGGCUGGAGGUCAGCCCACUAGAUGUCCACAACAACAAACUGCUGUCGAAUGUUCACCCCACACAGUACAAAAAUCCCUCCCCGCAACCAAAUUAUAACAUGGUGGUAAUAGGUGCUGGCGCUGCUGGUCUCGUUACCGCUAUCGCUUCAGCAGGUGUUGGUGCCAAGGUUGCAAUCAUCGAAAAGCAUCUAAUGGGAGGAGACUGUCUCAAUGUAGGCUGUGUGCCGUCCAAGGCGCUCAUCCGUGCUGCAAGGGCUAUCUACGAAGUUAAGAAUAGUGAGCAGUUUGGCAUCACCUGCAGUGAUGUCAAGGUUGAUUUUGGCAAAAUCAUGGAGCGCAUGCGUCGCCUGCGUGCGCAGAUUAGUGAUGUAGAUUCUGUACAGCGCUUCUCAAAGGCCGGUGUUGAUGUUUACAUUGGGGAAGGGAAAUUCACCAGCAAGAACACUGUCGAGGUGAACGGGCAGACAUUGAAGUUCUCCAAAGCUUGUGUUGCCACCGGUGGACGUGCAGGCGUACCGGCUAUCCCCGGUAUCCAGGACAUCAAGUUCUUAACCAACGCAACACUAUUUAACUUGACGGAACUGCCCAAGCGUUUCGGUGUAAUUGGCACUGGUGCAAUUGGAUGCGAAAUGGCCCAAUCUUUCCGAAGAUUUGGAUCUGAAGUGUCACUUUUCGGUCGUUCGGGUCAUCUUUUGGGAGCAGAAGAACAGGAUGCCAUCGAUGCCAUCACUAACCAGUUCGAGAAGGAAGGUAUCAAGCUCUAUCUAUCGUCUGACUACGAACGCAUCGAGAAACGCGAAGGCGCCGAAAAGGAAACAGAGAUCGUUCUACACAUGAAGAAUGGAGACAAAUUUGUUUUCGACGAGCUUCUGGUUGCUGCUGGUCGUGUGCCUAAUGUUGAGAACCUCAACUUGGAUGUUGCAGGCGUAGACUUUGAUAAGAAGACUGGCGUCGUUGUCAACGAUUACCUGCAAACAACCAACUCCAAUAUCUACGCUGCGGGAGAUAUUUGCUUCAAGUACAAAUUCACCCAUGUGGCUGAUUUCUUGGCGCGUAUCGUGGUCCGAAAUGCCCUCUUCUUUGGUAAGAGUAAGGCUUCUGAUCUGUUGAUCCCCUGGGCGAUUUACACCGAGCCCGAAGUCGCACAUGUGGGCUUAUAUGAGAAGGACGCUAUUGCCAAGCACGGUUCCGUUGACGUCUACAAGCAGAAAAUGGACGAGGUGGAUCGAGCAAUUCUCGAGGGCGAAACGGAAGGCUUCGUCAAAGUAGUUACCAAGAAAGGAUCUGCUGAUGUCAUUGGUGCCACAGUGGUUGCUGGACAUGCCGGAGACAUGAUUUCCGAGCUCACUGUUGCAAUGGCGGGGGGUGUAAAUCUACAAGCCCUGUCCACGAUCAUCCAUCCAUACCCUACUCAAGCCGAGGCUAUCCGCAAAAUUGGGGACCAAUACAAUCGUACAAGGCUGACACCGGUGGCGAAGAAGCUACUCAACGGUUUAUUAGCGAUUCAGCGAUAAAUUUUCUUCAGCACUGUAAAAUGGCGAAAACGGCGGUGCAGCAGGAAAGCAAAGGCUAAUAUAUUGACACUCAGGUUACUGAGAGCUAAUCGUACCAAUGCAGUGGAGUAGAGUCAAAAAGCGAACUGCUCUAUGAACGUCAAAUCCUCGCACUUUUAACUUGUAAUAUGCAAAAUAAGACGUACUGAUUAUGUUGGUCGCGUGCUUCAUGCAUGUUCCUGACAAACGAUUAAAUUGCCAAAACAUGCAAGGCUAGUGCACUCAGGGUAGUAUAUGAUACCCGCCAUGAACGCCGGUUACUGCAGCCCAAAUUGUGAACGCUUAGCAUGCACUGUACCUUUUCAAAGAAGUAUGAGACCAGGGUUGUGUAUUUUAUAUUUGAUUGAUGAAGGGUAUAUACUUUAAUAUGUCAGUCUGUAAUCGAUACCCCGUCCCGUGAUGGUACUUUUUGUCCGGUACGAACAGAUAUCCCGUCGGUAGAGAUAUUCUAUCCUUUACAUUUAUGUUCGUCGCAACAGUGGUUCAUAACCGUAAUAGCCCAGCGCUGUGAAGGUCGCCGCAUGUUUCUACUGGAGCCAAGCCAGAGCUCACAGGUUGGAGGUGCUUUAAAUCGUUUGAUAUUUUUGCGCUGCACAUGGACCGUGAAUGUCGCGAGAUGUCGCUAUCUUGUAGCAACAUUGCGGGUGGACGUGUUAUUCAUACCAUCGUGAAUCAGCUGCGGUAAAAAAAACAGGAUUCAUUUCAGAUCAGAUUUAGACUUUUUUAAUAAAAUUGGCACUUCGAAUGUGAUAUUUCAGCAGAAGCAAAAUGAGAAAGUAACUAAU